UUUCAAUAAUAAAUGAUAACCUUUAAAGGAAUAAAAAAGGAAUAACUCCUCACAGUAAAUCUACUGCUUAGCUUACUUUUUUUGGGAUCGGAGCUUUUUACUCCGUCGCUAUCCAGAUUAAAUACAGGCGUUGCUUUUGAAACGUUUUGAGCAGCGACGAAGUGCGGUUCGCGUCAUGGAGGCAACACCGAAGAAUGUCUCAUCUAAGUCGGUAUAUUGUUCACCGUCGAGCCCGUGGGGGUCCAGUGAGACGCCUCAGCAGAAGCUGAGCUCCUCUCUGAAGGCGCGUCUGAAGAGAACGCGGCGCUCCUUCACUUCGUCCUCCUCCGUGGCCAAGCGCCUCUGUGUGGACGAGGACGACGGCCAACAAGUUCCGACACAUUCCCGGAUGGCGGAUGAUGAUGAUGAUAAAAAUCCCCCACUUAUCAGCCUGUCUGUUGACGCCAACUACCAGGAAGCCAGACCUGGGAGUGAAACAUUUUCCAGAAGGAUUCCUGGACCAGCGCACUCUCACCUUGAAGAUCUUGCGCAACGACGGGAGAGGCUCAGCAAGGAGGUGAAGGUCAAGACGGAGACGUUACGCCGAUUGAGAAUGGUGAAGAUGUACAGGAGCAAGAACAACUUGGCGCAGCUUCAAAUCCUGAUCGACAAGUGGCGGAGUUGCGCUCAGAACGCGUUGCGUGAGCUUCAGUCGGACAUCCGUGUGGAGGGACGCGAGCCCAGCCUGUCUGAAGUCAUCGACCUCUUUGGUCUGGAUGAGAAAAUGCUGCACUUUAACCGCCCAGAGGAGGACUUUGCAUCCUGAAUGUGCUUUCAAACAUAUUCAGGUGCAUCCCAAUGUAUUAGAAUAUCCGGAAAGCCUUCAUUGAUGUCACUUGGAUGUUUAUACUGAAAACGCUCAAUUUACUUUUCAAUUAGACCGUGACAAUCAAAAUUAAUUUCAUUUCAAAUCAGGUAGGAAUUGGCCUUUUAAACAUUCUUUUCCGAUGUCUUCAAUUUCAUCCAUAUCAUGGACAAGUUUAACUUUUUGAACAAAUGCACUUUUCUGCCAUUUCGAUGCGCCAACUCGAUAUAAAACAAAAAAGAAAUUGGGCAAAUAAUGGUAAUCCAAAAAAAAAAAAAAAGAUUUACAAAGGCUGUACUUAGCUUUCUGCGGGGGGGGGGGUGAUAUUUAUGUCUUACAACUAACUGUCUAUCCAGUCCAUUAUUUACUAGAAAGAGUUUACUACUGUUUCGGUUUGUCAUGGGGCUGGUCCUUCUGUCAAAGUACCCCCCCCCAAAAAGGUCAACUAUAUCUUCAAUAAUACACCGUGAUUCUCACCAAA